AUGUUCGUGGCUUCGUUCUACACAAGACUGUCUAAGGAGAUUCUUGCCUUCUUGGAAAGGAAUCGCGGUGAUGGAGAUAGUCGUAAUACAGCAAUGCUAAACACUUAUAUUCUAGAGAAUGAGUUAAUUGACCAACCUCUGAUAGGUGGUGCAUUUACGCGGUCAAAAAAUCAAGUCAACCUGCUGUUGUGUAGACUAGAUCGAUUCCUUUUUAGUCAUGACUACGAGGAGGCGUUUCCGAAUGCAUUACAGGUUGUUUUGACGAGAACAAUUUCAGAUCAUAAUCCAAUAUUGGUUAUUACUGAACCGGUCAUGCCUUCCAAACCGUAUUUCAAGGUAGAUAGGGUGUGGAUUGAGCACAAAGAUUUUGUUCAGAAAGUGAAGUUGUGGUGGGAGAGUUUAACUUACUCUGGCAGUGCAAGCACACGCUUUUUCUUGAAACUUCAGAAUUUGAAACAUCUAAUUGAGGCACGGAAAAAGCUGGAGUUUGGUCAUAUUUCCAGGAAUAAGAAUGAGCUUACAGCUAGAAUUCACGAGCUAAAUAUCUUGGAGGAAACAGUUACGCUUCUUCAUACCCAAUUGGAAGAGAGAACUUUAUGCAAGUUGAAGUUGAGAAAUAUUGAAGCAAAGAAAUGGAAUUUGAGAUCGAAACAAAACGAUUUUAGGUGGGGAGAUUCGAAUACUAGAUACUUCCAUAGUAUGGCUAGUGCAAAGAAGAAACGAAAUACAAUCACAAAACUUCAGGUUGGUGGAGAGGACUGUUUUGAUCUUCAAAUAAUCAAGGAAGAAAUCCGAAGUUCCUAUAUUAAUCUGUUUACUCAGAGGGAUGAGGUGAACUCGAGUAUGGAGAAUUUACAUUUUCCGAAAAUAACAGAGGAGGAAAGAUUGUGGCUUGAACGCGAGUUUACUAAAGAGAAGGUUUGGGAGGUGAUUAAGAAAAUGGGGUGUAAUAAAGCACCGGGCCGGAUGGUUUUACUGCUGAAUUUUUCAAGAGUUGUUGGAGUACUUUAA